AUGCCAUGUCUCCACGGAAUCAUCCAGAGCUCUUCUAGUUCCCCACCGACUCCUCCUGAAUCCAUUUACCGACUUCGCAACCACUCCAAGCAGUUCUCAAGUCGACCCUCUUCCCGUCCUUUGGCCAUGCGGAUCCAGUUCAUGGCAUUCGCCGUCGCUUCUGCACGAGCUGCAAUCACAACUGAUGGCGUUCAAGCUAUACCCAACUUGGUCGAGUCUUCAUCUCUACGGACAACCGUUGAGACCAGGCACGAGUCCGGUGUCGGCGGUAAGACCGUCCGUCUCCUGACAAGCAUGGCACGUACCGUGGCUUCGACUGCCUACGAGUUUUUUCGGCGCUACAGAAAGAAGGCAAGAAGUCGGCCGGCAAUGACAAUGAGGUUUUCGAUACUGAGGAUGGACGUUGGUCAUUUGGGUCGUGGGCAUUUUGGGGACGCCACAGAAGUAAGAAGUGAGUGA